AUGGUUGACUACUUUGCAUACGCUCAUACACACGGUGGUAGCAGCAAUAACAACACGCAUGCAAAAAUCCCCCGAAUUCCCCCAAGAGAGCGCGUGUAUCAAUGUAUCACGGGAUAUUCUGCGUGUAGCCGUGUGGACAAGGACGAACGAAGACUCGAAGCGCGCUACCUACUGGCUGAUGAAGAAAAAAAAACUUGA